AUGAUUUUGAUAGACGAGCAAAAGUACUCUUGUCUAGAAUGUAUCCGGGGUCACAGAUCUAGUUCCUGUCGCCAUUAUGGGAGGCCCUUAUUACAAGUAAGAACCAAAGGACGACCUAACACUCAUACCAGCGGUCAAAAGAAUCACAGAAUAGCGGUAUUCGCCGAGAAAAUAGAGUCUGAUCCUGACUUGCCCCACGCGAAUGGGUCCAAAUGUAACAAAUCAAACCCUGUUAUUAUCCUCAAAGCAUCUGCAAAGCAUAUAAUCGACUUUGACAGUGGUAAAAUACUCCGGCCAUUAGGUGACUCAAAUGAGAGCACGCUCCCCAAAACAACAGGUCCAUAUAUAAGUGAGGAUAGCUUUGUUAACUCGGUUACCUGCGAGACCGGUGGCAUAGUCAAGCCUAAAAAAGGCUGCAAUUGUUGCCCUAACCGAGGAGGUAAGGUUAACAAGUCACAAAUCGUCAGCUCGUAUUUGAAAAGAAGGCGAGAGCAGCAGCCUGCGCUUCAGUUCAUUGACUAUUCUGAUGAAAUACCUAAGCAAUCCCAGGAACGCAAACAAUCCCCCUCAUCUAGCACUGCCGAGAAAACUUCCACAACCUCAAGCAAUGACCUUAGUCUCUCUGGUGACCAAACUCAAUAUUUUGAUGUGUUGAAAGUUCCAUCUUGCACUAUUCCAGGCUCUUGCUGCUGUGGUGACGAUUGUGGCUGCGCCGGAUGCAUGGUGCAUGGCAACUCUGGCACCGGUCCUCUAAAAGUAGACAACACCAAUCUCAACCAUGAGUACAUCAACUAUAUCAACCUGUUGAUUAUGAAAGAUUCCCACAACAUGAUGUUCAGCUCCCUCUCAUCUCCUGAGAUGCAAAUACCUGGACAACUUCAACAUAAUCCAUCAAAUUCGCAUGAGGAUAUGACAAAGUCUAGCACAUUGAGCAUUGCAAAUGAGGAAGGUGUUAGUGGCCCAAACGAUGGUCAAUGCAUCUGUCCCCCAGGGGCCUGUGAGUGCCCAAACUGCGAAACACAUGGAAUCAUUGAUGGCCUUCACCUUGAUGAUCUUUUCGCAGCCACGCUAAAUCCAAGUCCGCAGCGCGAACAACUUCAGGUAAAAACAGAGCCUGCGCGCUGUUGCUCUAGUGCAGUUCAUUUAGAGUAA